CUCCUAUUCUACGGAGUACUAGGUAUUGCCUCUCUCGACUCCUCUCCUUCAUUACCGCUGUGUACGUAGGUAAUAUUUUAUAGAAAUAGGUCUGUAAUAUCUUAUCUAUAAAGAUGUUGUUACAUGUUAGGACUCAUUUACCUGCUACGGUAGCCUGAAUUCAUGCUUCUCACUCUUAGUGUCUUUGUUGUGAUGUUCGGAUCUUCAUCGCGAGUUACUUGAGAAAUUUUCAUUUUUGUUAGUGGAUUUGAGUCGACGUGAUGUCAACGGGAACAAGUGCCAAGAAUUUGUUGGUAGCAGAUUGCAUACAGAUAUGCAGUCGGGAGGCGGAUUGAUGGGCGUUUAGGAUUAGAAUGUAACUCUAGCUCCUCAUUGAUAAUUAGGUCCAAUAGAUCCCUUCAAGGAAGAAUAGAAGGGAUCAAGAACCUUGGUGCCUAAGAGAAUGAUUAGUUGAAUAGGAACUACUGUUUCGAGCUCUGAUCGCCCUUUUCACAUCUGAACUAAAGCCGAAAACAUAGCCACGGUUAACGUAUGGCUAUUCGCGGUAACGUGCUAUCACAAUGCGUUGUUUUAUGAUACCAUAUCUCUUAAGUCCUCUGGAAGAUUGUUCCCUUGACACGGAUAACAACAAAUUUACUACGCAGGCCAUCAUUUCACCAAACGUCACACUAUGUCUAUCCAAGAUUGGGCAACAGAAGCGCGAUCUUCGACAGAGUAUCAAAGUCCAGAGAAGCAGCGUCUAAUUGACGUCUAUCAGGCUCUUUUGGAAAACAAAUUGACACCGGAGGAGAGCGCACAUGGUAUCUCUACCAUAUUGGAGCCACUUAUCAAGAGAAACCCAGAUGACGUGCACAUCGCAUCCGUUUGGGGCCUUUUCUGCGGUAUUGUACGGCACGUAGGAGGCGAUCAGGCAGCGAGCAAACGUCUUAUCGAGCUUUUGGAUUAUCUAGCUAAGAUCGAGGUCAAGGAUGAUCAUGGAAAUGACUUAAAGUAUGGGGCUGCUAAAUUUUGGACAAACUUACCAUCAUUUGCUCUCAUGUUUAGAGAGUACGGGAUAAGCAUCGAACCGGACGAUGAAAUGGAUAUCAACGAUUGGGUUGCCCAGAAAACCUCAUACUUCAACGCGACUUCAUUUGCGGCAAUGUGUCUCGCAAAUAGGCCAUAUAUGUCUGGCAUGGCAUUUUACAUUAAAGGUAAUAUGAGUGACGCACUGGUUGCUGAGUACGAAACGCCCGAGCCACGAUUUCGUGCUGCUUUGCACAUACCCGCAGUCUCUGCUUGGAUUUCUAUUGCCGGGCAGAAGAUUUACCAAAUGUGUAAAGAGGAGGCGCAGGGACUCAGUAUGGAGGAUUGGAAGUCAUGGGAAAAGGGUCUUGAUCAGGUCGCGGAGAAUGACCAGGUUGAUGAGGAGAUGCAAAACCUUGCUCUCGAUGUUAGGGAUAAGAUGAGAAAUAUCCAAAAGGGGCUUUGAUUGAAAAAAUAAUAACCAAUACUCUUUUUUGCAGCUAGCAAGAACCU